CAUACCUUUGAACGCAACAUAAACAUGGCGACCUCCAUCGGCAUGGUCUCCAGGGUUGGAGCCACUGCUCUGACAGCGCUGAAGCCAAUUACAAGGCACUGUUCCCGGCAGAGGAUCAGGGUGUUUAUCCGGUGCUCUCACGGAGCCCGGAGCAGUUUGUACGAUCAUUCCGUCAAAGGGUACAGCGACCUGCCGGAGCUGGACAUGACGGAAGUGUGUGAGCAGACCGAGAAAGUCAUAGCAAAUGUGGAAAACAGGAAGGGAGAGCUGAGAGGAGAAGAUGUCAGGAAGAUUGUGUGUGUGUGGCAGGAGCUGCAGGCGGUGAGGACGGAGAUCUCUGGGCUGGAGCAGCAGAAGGUUCAGAUCGGGGAGUCAGUCAAAGCACUGGUGAUCAAGAACGACAAGAAGAGCCUCAGCAAUCUUCCAGAAUUCAACCAGGCUCUGCAGAAAGGGAGAGAGACCCGCAACAGACUGAACCAGCUCUACCCCAAAGAGACGGAGCUGGACCAGGAGCACUACGGACGAGCUCUGAGACUGCCCAACAGCUCACACCCUGAUGUGCCGGUUGGAGACGAGAGCCAGGCGAAGGUGGUGGAGCUGGUUGGAGAGAAACCAGAGUUUGACUUCCAGCCCAGAGGCCAUGUGGAGCUGGGGGAGGAGCUGGGUCUCAUCAGGCAGAGACAUCUGGCUCACAUCUCGGGCCACAGGUCGUACUACCUGAGGGGAGCGGGGGCCAGACUUCAGACCGCUCUGCAGAACUUUGCCCUCGACACCCUGCAGCGACGGGGCUUCGUUCCCAUGGUCGUGCCUGACAUGCUGAAGGGGGCAGUGUUUGAGGGCUGUGGGAUGCCGCCCAAAUCUCACCGCUCUCAGGUUUAUUCUCUGGACCCGGAGCUAUUCCCAGACCUGAACCUGGCCGGCACCGGAGAGGUCGGAGUGGCAGGUUAUUUCAUGGAUCAUGCAGUGAACUGGAAGGACCUGCCUGCCAGGACGGUGUGCAGCAGCACCUGCUACAGAGCAGAGACCGACACCGGCAGGGAGACAUGGGGCCUGUAUAGAGUGCAUCACUUCAACAAGGUAGAGAUGUUUGGAGUGACAGCAGAUGAGACGGGAGAAGAGAGUGCUCAGCUGCUGCAGGAGUUCAUCUCCUUACAGAAAGAAAUGUUCUCUGCACUGGAACUACACUACAGAGUUCUGGACAUGCCGACGCAGGAGCUCGGUCUUCCGGCACACAGGAAGUACGACAUCGAAGCCUGGAUGCCCGGGAGGGACAACUACGGAGAGAUCUCCAGCGGAUCUAACUGCACAGACUACCAGAGCAGACGCCUGAACAUCCUGUAUGAGCGCGAGGACGGCCUCCUGCAGUACGCCCACACUGUGAACGCUACAGCCUGUGCCAUCCCCAGAACCAUCAUCGCUAUCCUGGAGACCCACCAGACCAAAGAGGGGUCAGUGCGAGUCCCCCGCGCUCUGCAGCCUUUUCUGGGCCUGGAAGUGAUCGAGAAGCCCAAAUACACUCCUCUGAAAUACAUCGGACCGAACCAGCACAACAGACCCCCCCGACCCGCUCCCAAGAGCAGAUGACACAAACACACACACAGAAAGCAGACGUGCAUCAGGAUGUUUCACACACUGUCUGUUGAGAAACAUUUCCAUUGUUCUUCAGAUUAAAUGAAACACACUCUGACUUUUUGAGUCGAGAGCGUCACUGUUUUGAGGCGACGGAUCAGACCCUGCAGUUUCCUGUCUCUGUAAAUAUAUUUAUGUCUUAUUUUGUUGCUUUUAUACACUAGGAAUUGGUCAAUGAACGCAAGAAUGUGUGUUAUUGUGGGGAUCAUAAUGAGGAAUAUCCAAUAAAGAUAAGUGUAAUGGCAA